UUUCAAUACUUUUAUUCAAAUACAUAAUUAUUAAUUUUUAAAAUAAAUUCAAUACUUACAAAAAUAUUUUUAAAGAACUUUUAAAAGUCACUUUUUAUAUUUGUCAAACACAAUUUAACUUUAAUUUUAACUUUUAACUCCAGAAAAUUAUAAUUUUUGUGGCAAAACGGGCUUAAUUCAUUGUACCUUUUUCAAAUUAAGCGUAGUGGCUUACAAACAUAUAAGCUUUCAGAUCUCCCGAAUCUGAAAGUAAUUCAAAUAUGGCGAAUCAAGGCAUGAAUGAUGCUUCACCUGCAAGAAAAGGCGCAAUCACUCAUGUUAUCUUUGACAUGGACGGUCUUCUUCUAGACACCGAGAAAUUCUAUACAGAGGUCCAGGAGAUUAUACUUGCUAGGUAUAAUAAGUCUUUUGAUUGGUCACUCAAGGCAAAGAUGAUGGGCAAGAAGGCUAUAGAGGCUGCCAGGGUCUUUGUUGAAGAGACAGGAAUAAGUGAUUCACUUUCAGCUGAAGAUUUUCUUGUAGAGAGAGAGGAGAUGUUGCAGAAAAUGUUUCCCACAAGUGACCUCAUGCCAGGGGGCAGCCGCCUGAUUCAUCACCUUCAUGAAAAUGGGAUACCAAUGUGUGUUGCUACGGGUACUCACAAGCGGCAUUUUGAUUUGAAAACUCAAAGACACAGUAAACUUUUUUCGCUGAUGCAUCAUAUUGUUCGUGGUGAUGAUCCAGAAGUUAAACAAGGGAAGCCAUCACCUGAUAUAUUCCUUGCAGCUGCAAACAGAUUUGAGGGUGGACCAGUAGACCCGCAGAGGAUUCUCGUAUUUGAAGAUGCACCCUCUGGUGUCCUUGCGGCCAAGAAUGCCGGAAUGUCAGUGGUUAUGGUUCCAGAUGCAAGGCUGGAUAGCUCGUAUCAUCAAGUCGCUGAUCAGGUUUUGAGUUCUUUAUUUGAGUUCAGCCCAGCCGAUUGGGGAUUGCCUCGAUUUGAAAAUGCAUCAACCAAACUAUAUUAGUUUAGUUUGAUCAUGAUCCUUAAGUUCCCAAUAGCGCCUUUUAUGAGUUCAAAAUUCGGACUUUUGGGUUUCGCCUCAGUUGUUAUUCAUAGAAUAUUCAGCUCUACUUAUUAUUUUAGAUACUGAAGGUUCACUUUAUGUUGAAAUGAAGAAUCUGAGGAUUUAUUGUAUUGCAACUCAUGUAUGCCCGCAUGAUAUUUCUUCUGAUAUGGUAAAACUACAUUCUCCCAA